AUGACUACAACUUCCGAAUAUCAGUCCCCAGCUAGUUCUUCACUUUCUACCGAAUCUGAUUAUGUAUCUACUUCUGCUUCGCCUCCCAGCACUUCUAGUGCUUCCAUCAUCGAGUCCAGUACAGUCGCCACAACAACAACAGCAGCCGCAGCAGCAGCAACGCCAACAACAACAACAACAACAACAACAACAACAACAAAUGAGGGUGUUGCACUGACUGCGUCUUUGACAUCAUAUACUGGCAAAUCGACUUCCCUGAUGCAAUCCAGCUCUACUAGUACGACGACUGUAGCAAAAAACAGCACAUUGAGCAUACAAUCGUCGCAGCAGAAUACCCCUGAUAGCAGAAUCAGUUCUGGGGCACUUGCAGGAGCCGUAGUAGGCGCUUUCGCCGGAGGCUGCAUUUUGGCAUUCUUGGUGGCUUUCCUUUGUCUCCGCGGUCGCAAAAAGUCACUAUAUCCUCCUGCAAAGGAAGAGCCCUCCGUGUUGGUUUCCUCAAUUCCCCCGAAAGGCCCAAUACAGAGUACCAAGAAUGGGCCUAAUGCUUCCGUCACUGUGGCUAAUGGCAACCAACCAUACUCAGAGGUAUCUGCCAUUGGCACUAUUCCUCUUGACCUGUCCGCAUUUGUUGCUGAGCCUGCAGAUGAUAGCACGGUUUGUACGCGGGUACAGGCUGUCUUUGACCAAGUCAGCUUGCAUGUGGAUAAUUACUACUCCCGUCCUGGCUCACAUCGUCGAUUGAUGCCGGAGAUGGUCGCUCAAAUCAAUGAUUUUGAUUCCUCAUUGCUCGGUACUUCGCUGGCGACACUGCUUUCAAACUCCAGAUCCCAGAGAGCGAUCCUCACCCACACACUCCUUCAUGCUAUCUUGGCGGCUAUUCAAUCUCAAAGCCAAGGGACAUCUCUGACCCCGGCAUGCUAUAGACUGGGGACAGAGAAUGAUCUAUCAAACGUUGCUGAUGAUCGUGCGGUAUUUGCCUGGCGCAUGUUAACAUCUUAUCUUUACAUCAAGGAUGCCCGUAAUAAUUCAGCCCAGGUGAAAGCCCAAGAAGAUUUGAUUACACGCUUUGCAAAUACCUUCACUGAGACAUUUGCCCCAUACAGCGACCCCCAGUUCAACGAAGCUGAUCGCUUGGCCCAUAUGAUAAGCGUGACCCGGACAGCGGUGAAUCUUGGCGUUUGGCUGUUUUCUCAGCCAUGCUCAAUCACUUUUCGCUGGUCGACGACUACACCCAUGGUGAACCAGGUUGUUAUUCUCCCAGCUGUAGUAAAAACAUGUGACGAGCAUGGUGUACGAAUGGCUGUGCCUCAGACCUUGCUAGAGGAGUUUACGCGACAGAUUUGA